UAAUGCUCAAUAAUAAGAAUAUGCCUUUAAACAGGUGGGAGUAACAUCUCAGAAGACUAUGAAGCUUCUUCCUGCCUCAGGACGUAAGGCAACACAGAAGGUUGUUGUUGGAGAUCAGGAUGGGGUGAUUACAUGUUUUGGCAUAAAAAAGGGGGAAGCUGUGCCAGUGUUCAAAACACUACCAGGCCAAAAAAUUGCAAGAUUGGAGUUAGGAGGAGCUCUUAAUACACCGCAAGAGAAAAUUUUUGUGGCUACAGGCUCAGAAGUCAGAGGUUUCACAAAAAGAGGGAAGCAGUUCCUUUCAUUCGAGACUAAUCUCACUGAAAGCAUCAGAGCUAUGCAUAUUUCAGGAGCAGAUCUCUUUCUUUGUGCAAGCUAUAUUUACAACCAUUACUGUGACUGCAAAGACCAGCACUACUACCUAUCAGGAGAUAAAAUCAAUGAUGUUCUCUGCCUUCCUGUAGAGAAAGUGAAUUGCAUUACACCUAUACUUGCAUGUCAGGAUAGAGUCCUCAGAGUUUUACAGGGAUCUGAUUUACUGUAUGAAGUAGAAGUUUCUGGACCACCCACUGUUCUUGCUCUAAACAAUGGAAAUGGUGGUAACAAGAUUUUUAAUAUACAUAUAACUGAAUAA